UGAUAGUGGAGAGUGAUGGCCGGAAGUUCUUCUUCAAUUGACAUGUCUGCCAUGCCUAAAUUUCCAUCAACAAAUCUUACUAUCCUUGCCAUUGAUACUGACCUCAAAGUUCUUGAAUUCAUCGAGAAAUCAUGCAACAAGAAUUCUCAUCAAGCUAAGAUAUGCUCUGAAUCUUCAAAUGCGGUCAAACUUUUGGCAGAAAAAGAAAUAGACUGUCAUUUGAUUAUCAUGGAACUCAAUAUGCCAGAGAUCAAUGGCUAUGAAUUUCUGGAGUUUCUUGAUGACGAAGCAAUUGAUGUUCCUUUCAUUAUGAUGUCUGAGGAUCGUACUCUGGCUUCCCAAGAGAAGGCUUUUAGACAUGGAGCUUGCGAUUAUUGGUUUAAACCCUUAUUUAAGUAUGAGGUUUUUUUCGAGAAAAAUCAUUUCUUGUCACCUAUGAUGCGACAUCAUAUAUACUUCAAACGCAUAGGGAUAAAUCUUGAUAGCUUGAAAGAAGAUGAAAAAGGUGAGAUAGGUCAUGAUUCUGAUGAAGAAGCCGAAACCGGUGAUGAUAGUCCCCAUAAGAAAGAAUAG